UCCAUUGACUUUACUACGCAAUGAAUAGAUGAAUGCUAGAUUUCGUUUAUUUUUUAUAAAUUUUAACAUUGAAUUCAUCGUAUAUUAAUAGAUAGGUAAGUGGUACACAAUAAGAAUCAUUUUAAAGUGUUAUAACGAGAAAAGAAACAGGAAGUUAUGGGAAUUUCCCUUUACAGUCCAGUCAUUCUAUAAAUAAAUCGAUAUAUGCUAAUCAGACAUCUGGAUGAUGAUUUUAUUGAAGCGUGAUGACAAUUCCUUGGUUGAACAGUGGACAACAAGUUUCUGACCGUCCUAACACAGAACCCAUAGAUGAACAUAGUCUCUACUCCCCAUUCAGUGUAGUAUUUUACUCAGAUUGUGUCGAGGAGGAAUAUGGAGAUUGUUUAACUAAUGAUAGGUCAAUACAUGGACUGAGAAGUUUAACAGAUUGUUUUGAUAAACUAAAAACUGUGCUUUUAUUUCGAGUUUUGUCAACCUCUUCAGACUUUCAUGAGAGAUUAAGAAGUUUUAAAGGAUCACAAUCUUGCAGAACUGUCCAGUUAAGAAGAUCAAAGAAAAGGAAAGUUAAUAUAUUUUGGAAAUUAUUGUAUGUUGCUUUUUCACUACUCUUAUCUUGUGGAAAACAUAAACAAAGAGACAGGUCUACUGUUUUAUACAAGAAAAGCUUAAUUAAAAAAAUUCCUGUUCACAUUUCCAUUGGAUCCAAAAUAAGUUGGAUUUCAGUGAAGAUUGUUAAUAAUAACCACAAACAAACAAGUAGCAAGAAGCCAAGAUCAGUAUUUUUGGACUGUAAUAACUGUGGCUAUCUCAGAGUGAUUGCAGAAGCUGACAUUUGUCAUAAAAUCUCAAAACAUUUAGAAACAAAUAAUAAGUUUCAAGGCAUUACAUAUCAAAAGUCCUUCCUUAACUCUGACAAAAGAUAAACUGAUUAUAAUUUGACAACAUUGGACUCAUUUCACAAAUUUCUCACCAAUUUGUUUUCAUAUUUCAAAACAAUUACUUUUGAUGAAUAAUGUCCUCUAAACUAGAUCCUUUUUUAGAGGAAAAAAUAAAAAACACAAAUAUCAGAGAUGAUAUGAAGUAUGAACUUCUUCGUAUAAAAUCAUUUAUUGACAGACCAAAUACAGAAAAAGGAUUUGCUAUACGUUUUGCAGCAGCAGGAUUUUUUUACACUGGGAUUGGAAAUAAAGUUAAGUGUUUUGCUUGCUUAAGAGAGAAAGAAGAUUGGAAAGAUUGGGAUCAGCCUUUUAAACUCCAUAGGGAUUUGAAUCCGUAUUGUGGCUUUUUGACAAAAUCUGACCGGACAAAUAUCCCUGCUGGAUCUGAAAGUGUUGAACUGAGGGAUAGAUUUGAUCCCAUUACUCAUCUUUUUGAUUCAUUGCCUCCAGAAAUUCCAACCGAAGUUGUAGGACCUAGUAAACAGAAUUCAUCAUCCAAGUUAUCUGAUAUGAACGGUCCACAUGAAAAUAAUAUUGAUCCAUCAGACCCUAACAUGAACAGGCCAGAUAAUUUUGGUCCUAAUCCUGAACGUAAUAUAGCUGUUCAAAGCACAUCUGAAGAUGCUCAAUUUAAUAGACAGCAAACAGAAACAUUUAGUCUUAGUCUGGGUCCUGGAUCUGGUCCCAGCUCAAGAGAAAACUUGGCAGCAGUUGCGGCAAGAAGUGCAAGUAUUGGUGCAACAAAAACAGAAUAUAAACCACAAAAUAUGCAAAAAGUUGAUGCUGGAAAUCUUAAAUAUGAAAGACAUAGACUAGAAACUUUUAGAACUUGGCCCAUGGGAACUCCUGUUACUGCCAAGGAACUUGCUAAAAAUGGAUUUUAUUACACCGGAACCGGGGACAGAGUACAGUGUGUAUUCUGUAAAGGUAUACUUAAAGAUUGGGAAGUGGGAGACAAGCCACAUAUUGAACAUAAAAAUAGAUUUCCAAGAUGUCCAUAUGUAUUAGGAACUAAUGUCGGAAACGUUGCUAUGCCACCUCCAAAUCCAUCCAGCACAAAUCAACCUCCAAAUGUUGGGUUCCUCAAUAAUCAGCCAAUGUCUAACAUGGAGGCACUGGGUAUCAACACAGAACGUCCUAAGAAUCCACAAUAUGCUGUAGAAUCCAGUAGGAUAUCUACAUUCAGAAACUGGCCAACAUAUAAACAUCAGACUCCAGAAACUCUGGGAUCAGCUGGAUUCUUCUUUGCAGGAUUUGGUGAUAAUGUGAAAUGUUUUUAUUGUGAUGGAGGACUGAGGAACUGGGAAGCUGGAGAUGAUCCGUGGGUUGAACAUGCUAGGUGGUUUCCUAAAUGUCCAUUUGUCCUGUCGGUUAAAGGGCAAGAGUACAUCAAAAAUGUACAAGCUGCCUUCCAACAGGGUGGACAGAGACAACAAACUAGAGUCGCUGGUGGUCAUCAGAUAGAAGAUAGAGAAAUAAAAGCCAGGAUGGAGUUACCUCUGGUGAGGACAGUGCUUAGUACUGGUGUUAGUAAAUCAAGUGUAAUGAAGGCUAUAGAAAAACGUCUCCGUGACACAGGAGAUGAUUUUGCUGAUGCUGAAGCUUUACUUGAAGCUGUUUUAACAAUGGAGGCUCAGCCUGAAGAUAUAGGCAUAACUACUCCUACCCAGGGGACACCUACAGCAGGACCUAGUUCAUUGCCCACACCAUCUAAUACCCCAGGGCCUUCAGGUAGUCAAGCAGGACCAAGUAGCAUAGGUUCAGAAAAAGGCCCAGCAAGCAAUUCAAGUUCUACAGGUCACCAGCAAAAUGAUAUGAUAACUUGUAAGAUAUGCCUGGAAAAUGAAGUUGGUAUAGUCUUCCUACCAUGUGGUCAUCUUUGUUGUUGUGUCCAGUGUGCACCAGCUGUCCAGCAGUGUCCAGUAUGUAGGGCACAAAUUAGAGGGAACGUUAGGACAUACAUCACAUAAUUAACAGAGUUGAAUUUAUUUUUAAAAAUAUCAAUACUUAAUUGAUAUAUUUAUUUAAAUUUUGGACUGCGAAACCGGUUGGGAAUUAUAUGCUAGAGCUUGAUGUUUGCCUCUAGAAUUAUGAAGGAAAAAUAUCAACGUGUUCUCAGUGUAGUAGUAUUUGUUGUUAACCAAUCUCAAUGAGAGACUAGAACACUACGGUCAUUUAAGGGUGGAAAUAACUUAAAUGUUGGCAAUGUUUUAUGUGGAUGCUAGUGAUAAUGCAGUAUUUUGCUUGAUAUUGAGCUGAAACAAAGGUCAGGAAGGAGAGAAAAUAUGAUGAACAGAAAAAAGCAAAUGGAAGAUGUCAUGGUAACCAAAGUUAGCAGUAUCAUCAAAAGUUGAUAACCAGUAUAUACAAUUGUCCUUGACAGUACUAUGAUAUGACUGUGAUGUCAACCCUGUAACUAACAGGCCUAGAUUUUUUUGUCUGUACUUUUGGUUCAAAAUUAUGUGCAUACAACAUUUAUGUUCAUGAGCUCAUAGAAUAAAACUUAGUUUUUUUUAUUUAUUAAUACUCAUUUAUAAUUAUUUUCACCUUAUUUAUUAAUUCUUUUAUGUUGGUGUUGAGAUCGUUCUUAAAAUACUAUUCAUUUUACUAUAUAAAGUACAAAUUUUUCACACCUGGUAUCAGUUACAGAGUUUGAGUAUUUUGUAUUCAUUAUUUUUUAUAUGUAUUUUCUCUCUAUGGAUUGCUGUCUUUUUUAAUUCAAAUAAGUAUGUUGAUUUACCUAUGUAAAUUUACUCCCAAUGUAAAUGAUAUUGCUUGUUUUUAAUCAGAUAUAUAUAUGAUAUAGUUGGAGUUAUUUCCCUUUGAAUGGUAUAACAACCUACAAGAAUUAUGGACUCGAGGCUUGAAACACUGCUAUUUUAAAAAAUCUGCUGUACAUUGUAGAUAACACUUUUUCGUAUUUUCAUUCAACCUAUUUUUGAGAGGAAUAACUAUAGAGAUAAAUAUUUGUAUGGAUGUACAUGCGCUAUAAAUGCUGGUAAUAUAUAAGUAAUGUGUUGCAAUUUUGCAUUUUACAUUAAGUAUGUUUUUAGAUAGUAAGAUUUUGUAAAAAUGUAGUUCCCAAAUAAAAGUGUUUUUUACAAGGUCAGCACUUUGCUUAGAUAAUGUCUUUUGUGUGUUUUAACAAAUUUUACUAUCAAUAAUUCUAUUAUUUCCUGUUAUCUUUUAAUUUAAAGAUAAUGAGAUGUGUUAUGAUUGCUAAUGAGUCUACUAUUCACCAGAGUUCAAAUGAUGUGGAUGUAGGCAACUGUAGUUUAAUAAACUAAUCUUAAAGAGUAGGUUUGAUAAGCCUUUAUAUGGCCCUAAUUUUUCAUACUGCUUCAAAAACAAAUAUUAGUUUACUAAUUAUAACAAUGAAUCAUAGGUUAAACAAUGACUAGAUAGGUUUAUGGUAUUUUUUGUUGAAUUUUUUUUUUAUAAACUAGCGUUCUUCCUAAAACAGUUCAUCAGAAAUAACCCACAUAUGUAUUCCUUUAUACAUGUACCUACAGAAACUGAAAAGAUUUAAUAUUCUCAAUCAAUUUGUUUCUCAGUCAAAUAAGACAUUUUAUAAAUGAGCGUAAAAUUGUGUAUUUAAGACAUUUAAUGUGUUCAGCAGGUCAGAUAGACAUCUCAUGUAUAUAAGUUAUAAAGUUAUUAAACUUACCUUAAGCUUGUAGCAAUGAUGACUUUUAUCAAGCCUUCAUUCCUACAUUCCGUCGUCAUAAGUCAGCGGCUGCAUCAAAUUUUUUGAAAUUUUAAUAACUUUCUUAAACUAUACUGAAUUUUUAAAGUCAAGAGUGUUCAUUUACAGCAUUGUAUUUACUAGUUUUUGGUGAGGUUUAACAGUUUUAACUCGUGGCAGUAAAACAAUUAAAUGGAUGUAUUAGUGUAAACUUAUUUUAUUAAUUAAAUUCAAUUUAAGUAAUUAUGCAUUACACAUUUUGCAACAGAAUCAAUGGAUUUGUGGAAUAAUAACAUGUUUUAAAGAUCAA